CAGGAGGAAGGUUCUUCAAACCAUGUCUUCCUUCCCAGUCAUGUGCACCGUUCUCCUCCUCCUCCUCGCCACAGCUGUCUCCGCCCAUGAUCGCGUCGACGCCAGAAAUUACUUCGGUUACGUCCCCGCGAUUGUCGACGAGACCUUCGCGAACCAAACGUUGCUGGCUGAGGAGUUCAUGAACACACAUAACUGGGUAAGGAAGCAGUACAACCUUCCCUUGCUCGCUUGGGACGAGAACCUUGCGUCCUACGCGCGGGAGUACCUCAUGCAGCGUUACGAGGAUUGCAAACUCAUCCACUCCAACUCCAACUACGGCGAGAACAUCUUCUGGGGGAAGACGCGCCAUUGGAACCCCUCCGAUGCUACCUUCUACUGGUACGUGGAGAAGGACUGGUACGAUUUCAAAACUCUCACGUGCGCCCCACCGCCAAAAGCCUGCGGCCACUUCACCCAGGUAGUGUGGCGGGACUCCGAACGAAUCGGCUGCGCUCUUCAGAAUUGCCACAACCCUGAUCUGGGCAUGCUCAUGGCGUGCGAAUACGAUCCUCCUGGUAACUACGCCAACGAGAACCCUUUGCAAUCACAUGUCUGAUCACAAUCACCUCAAACAUUCCAACAUUACAUCUAUCUAAUCGUAAUCACAUAGUUCUGUUAGCUUCUGUUCAGAUUAAUUGACAGACCGCUUCGGGAUAAAUUUCCAUGUAUGAUCGACCAGAUGGCUGAUACAAAUGUGGUUUAACCAUUGUAAUGUAGGUUUCUCGUCAGAGUUUAGGAUGUUAGCUUAGGCAGGCCCUCAUGCCCAUUUCCUUGUGGCUUCUAGUAUUAGCUUUGUGUGUAUUUAUAGCACAUCUAUUAAUAUCAUUCAAUAUACAAUUCUUUUGCAAA